GCCCGGACUGAGCAGCCCUGGGCACAGGGACCGGGAGCAGGGAGCCCCAGCCUGCCUGGGCAGGGUCUGUGAGCUGGGUGCCCUGCGCUGCUGAGCUUGGGGAGAAAUGUCCCUGCUCUCUCAUGCCCUGCCGAGCUCACAGAGGACUCAUCCAUCCCUUCCAUCUGAUUCUGGAGCCAGAUCUCAGCCCAGUGCCCGUGUGCAUGUACCCCCAGCCUGCUGUGCCAGAUGCCACUUGGAAAAGCAGCUCCUGCCCACCCUCCCCAGGGCUGCAGGUUUGGCCUCCACCAGCCCUGGGGAAAAGCUGGCUGGCAGAAGGAUCCUGGCUGCUCCUGUCACCUCCACAGCAUCCCUGGGGUCCCCACCAUGCAGAGGGGCUGGGAGGCUCUCUGGUGCAGCAGAUGUAGGGCCAGGCUGUCCCUGGACAGCAGAUGUGGCUGCUGGCACCAGGGACAUGUUUGGGUUCAUCCCCAGGGCAGGGGAGUUGAGCACAAGCAAAGGCUGGAGGUCAGGCUGGGGCUGUGGAGUGUUAUAAAGAGUGCCAGAGCCUCCCUGGUGCCCUGUGGCUCCCUCUGUGCCAGGCACAGCACCACCAUGGGAUGGUGUCACCAAAGGGGAUGGAGGGUGGCACUGGUACAGGUCACUGGUGGCACCGGGUACAGGACCCUGGUGGCACUAUCCCUCCCUGGCACUGGGUACAGGACCCUGGUGGCACUGGGUACAGGACCCUGGUGGCACUGGGUACAGGACCCUGGUGACACUAUCCCUCCCUGGCACAGGACCCUGGUGGCACUGGGUACAGGACCCUGGUGACACUAUCCCUCCCUGGCACAGGACCCUGGUGGCACUGGGUACAGGACCCUGCUGACACUAUCCCUCCCUGGCACUGGGUACAGGACUCUGGUGGCACUAUCUCUUCCUGACACUGGUACAGGACGCUGGUGGCACUGUCCCUCCCUGGCACAGGACCUUGGCGGCACUAUCCCUCCUUGGCACUGGGUACAGGACCCUGGUGGCACCAUCCCUCCCUGGCACCAGCCGAGCACAGGGUGACAGCUCCCCAUGGCUCCGCACGUCAGUCGGGGAGCUGUGUAGCUGCUGGCACCCCUUUGUUCGGGGGGUUAAUUAGCCUAACCCUUUGUUCGGGGGGUUAAUUAGCCUAAUGGGGCUGUGAGCAGCGGCCAGCGCUGACCUUCAGCCCUUUGUGCCAGCCCAGCAGCGCAGCCCGUGGGCAAUUAUGGCCUCAUUAGUGCCAGGCACCCCUUGCAGUGAGCACCCUCACAAUGGGGAGCUGCAAAUGAGGGGAAAGGCCUGCAUGGUCUCCGGGCUACCGCGUCUCCCGGACACUCGCUGCUCCCGCUGGCCCAGGUAUUUUUGGCAGCCCCAUUGUGCCGGGCCCUAUAAAGGGGCGGUGGCAGUGCGGGGUGCUGUGCUGCCGAUGGGACAUGCCCCAGAGCUGCUCGGCCACAUGAAGACCCCAGCAAGGAUGGAGGUGCCCAACAGCAAGCCCCAGCGAGCUGCCUGCCUCCUGCUGCUGCUCCUGCUCUGCUCCCUGGCCGCUGCCCGGCAGAACCUGCCCCACUGCUGCCGGCAGAAAACCUGCUCCUGCCGCGUCUACGACCUCCUGCACGGCAUGGGCAACCACGCCGCCGGCAUCCUCACGCUGGGCAAGAGGAAGAGCGUCCCCCUGGCUUUCCAGAGCCGCCUCUACCGCCUGCUCCACGGCUCCGGCAACCACGCUGCGGGCAUCCUCACCAUGGGCAAGCGCGGGCAGCCCUCGGGCACCGCCUGCCCCGAUGUGUUGGGCUGCCCUGCGGGCACGGUCACCCAGCCCACAGCGGUGCCACGGGGCGCUGCCACCAGCCUUGAGAGCCCCAGGGAGUGCCAGGGACACUCAGGGAAGGACCUGAGUGCCAGCCAGGGGGCUGCAAGGAGCUUUUAUUGAAUGGGAUGGGGGCAGCGGGACACACAGAGGGGGUCCCUGGCAGGACGGGCUGCGGGCACACACAGCCGAGCUCGGUGUAAAUAGCACUUUUAGAUACCUCCUCCCUGCCCUGGCCCUGGCCCAGCCUGCUCAGGGCACCGCGGGCACCGCGGCCUUUUACAAUAAAUGGUAGCCUGAUGUCA